AUGCAAAUUGUAAACGCAAAUUUCAUUGGUUGCAACAUGGCGGACGACGUUGGGAAGGAUUUGGCACCAGAGGACCUUCACCUUUCAGAAGUUGACAAGACAGUGGGCGGCGAAGGAUUUGCAUAUGCUCGGCUGGAUUGUGUUGGAAAACAAAUUGGUGGUUUGGGUUUGCUGACAGAGUAUCCUUUCAUUCGACACCUUGAUCUGUCCAAAAACUGCAUCAAGGAUAUUCGCCCUAUCAGUGCGCUUCGCCAUGUGCUUUCACUCAACCUGAGGUCCAACAGUAUCUCCAGCACAGAUUGGGCUCCAGAGGACCUGACACAUUUGCUCUUCCUAGACAUGGCGGGCAACAAGCUGAUGGAGCUACCGCAGCUUCACAUGCCAGCACUCAGGAGAGCUGAUUUUAGAGACAAUGAGAUUGCUUCGUGUUCAAAGUUUCCUGGACAUCCAACUUUGCAAACGCUGCGUCUCUCUGGAAACCAGCUGACCUCUGCCGCUGGAUUGCACAAAAUGCCAAAGCUAGAGGUCUUGGAGUUGAGCCGAAAUUCUUUGUCGGACCUUGAGGGUGUGUCAAUGUUGCCUCUUUUGUCGAGUCUUGACAUUUCGAACAACAAGUUCGAAAGUCUCAAAGCUCCGUGGAAAGAGAUGGCAGCUUUGGGUGUCCUCGAAGGUGGCAACAAUGCCUUCGCAGAGAUCAAGGCCUUGGAGCCUCUGGCAGAGACGAACCUCAGGAGUUUGACGCUGACUGGCUGUCCUUUGGAAGAGCAGGAUGGUGUGAAUCUCCGUUUGGAGACUCUAAUCUUUCGACCUCUCCAGCAACUCAAUGGUGAAGAGGUCACCACUGACGAACAAGAUGAAGCGAAAGCGUUGCAUGAAAAACGCCUCGAAGAGGAGGCUGAGAGAUUGCGACAGGAAGAGGAGGCGCAGCCAGACCUAUGA